AUGAGGGCUGCGCGGGGAUGUUCACGCCUAGCUUUGCUUCGAAACCCCUGGAGGUAUUUUAAUGGUGUUGAGUCAGCUACGCACUGGUCACGCAAAUGCGCAAACACAUCUGUUGUGGAGGCUGAAAUUGGUAGCCCAGCGGAUGUGGCAGCAUUUGCUGCCUUGGAGCCCCACCCAAGGAGUGUGCAGUAUUUGAUCUCUACCGUGGAUCCCGAGGAAAUAUGGGAUUUCCUCCAUACAGAGAUGCCGAUUCGUUAUGCUGAGAGAAUACGGUCCUUGGAACAUGUACCUCAUUGGAAUUCAGUCCGAGAUCUUGUUCGAGUUCAUGACGCUCAAACCAAGUCCUUCAAGGCAUUUCGCCAAGCCAGCAUCCACAGCUCAGCUCAGGUUGCGCAUGAGGCCAUCCUUCGAGAACAAGGUGUUGUAGAGAUGUUGGCGAAGUCAGUGCAUCAACUGCGACAUGACUUUGGUGAAUCCAUUACAGAUGGCUUUGUGAGUAAGUUUCUGGAUGACUUCCUGCUGAACCGCAUCGGCUGCCAAGUGCUCUUGGGCCAUUUCUUAGCUUGCCGAGCCGGUCAAAAGAAUGGGAUCAUUGACCCACAGUGCAACACCAAAAGGGUUUGCCUAGGAGCUGCGAAGGCAGUGCUGGAAAUGUGUGUGGAGUGUACAGGAUGCAGUCCGAGUGUUCAAGUGGAAGCUUUUUCUUCCUGCGGUGGGGGCCUGGAUGAUGACAACACCCCCAAGUUCCCCUACAUGCCUCACGUCUUGAAGUACGUUGUGAUGGAGUUGUUGAAGAACAGCUGCCGAGCAACCGCGGACAUGUUGGGCAACAAUCCGCGCCUUCGCGUGGAUGAUUGUCCCAUCAAUGUGAUUGUUUGCGCCGAUGAGGAUCAUGUCACAAUUUGUGUGGCAGACAGAGCACAAGGAAUCCCCAGAGGAGUUAAUGCGUGGUCCUACUUGUACACAACGGCCAAAGAUGGAGCGUACGGCUCAGAGAAGCGAUUGGCUGGACAUGGCGUAGGCCUGCCACUGUCAAGACUGUAUGCUCGUUACUUGGGUGGUGCGCUGGAUUUGGUGUCGUUGCCGGGGUAUGGAACACAUGCCUAUGUCAACUUGCCUCGAGUUCAGUCGCAGCAGGUGGAAGUGGUCCCAGUCGUGGCUUGUGCUGUGUUGGCCCUCAGCUGUUUCAGCGACCAUCGGCAAGUCGUGGAUUCCACGUUGGAUGAACGGGAUGUGUUUGAGGCCCAAUGCCUCUCUGCAAUGAUGGCAGUAUGGCGCUGGUGUGCCCCUCUUGCAACCACGGUCUAUGCAGAGGUUGUCGAUAUGUCGAUUUCGCCUUUCCGAUCACUUUGUCCCCCCUACACUCUGAGCGAUGACGAAGGUGACUUUCACCUUCAGUCUUCCCAUGCAGAUGCGCCUCAGUGCUCUGUGCAGCAACUGGCACAAAGUUUUGCCGAACAGCUGCAGGAUGCGGCUCGCUCUGCGAAGAUGCUAUGGUUGGUGGCCACUCGGUACUAUUGGCCGGAGCGAUGGGAAGCGUACAUGGCGCUCUACGAGACCAUGUCGCAGCUGGAGUGCUUUGCAGCCUUCCGCGGCUGCUAUCCGGGUGGCAUGACUCAGGAAGCUGCCACGGUGCUUCCCGUUUGCUUGGCCUUUCGCCAGGCACAACGUGUCUUCCAGAUUGACGCAUACCUCAAGGAUGCUGCGGGUCAACUUGGCAAGCCUCUGGUGAUCAGUGAGGACAUGUUAAGACGCCUGAAUCAUCCUUGUUUUGAAAGCGAUGGUCUCUCCAAUUUUCAGGCUCAUGACCUGCUGAGACGUCAGGCCAUGUUGCCAGCCUCCAACCUCUUUGGCAGCUACACUGGAGAGCCCUUGCCAGGGUCUGGCUUUGGGCAUCCACAGCUAACGGCCUUUUGGAUUCCCAGGUGGACGGCUCCAACUCCGCACAGCUUCGGGGUGUGCGAGCAGAAUGACUUGCUGAAGUGGUAUGAUGCUUUCGAGCCACCGUUUAUGCCGAAUGAAAUGCCUGCCGAGUGGGCGCAGUGGGUGGUCAACCUGGGCGCUGCAGAUGGAUCCUGUGAUCAGGACAUACCCAGACAAGACAACAUGGAACGUGGGCCACUGGGUUCCAACGAUCCUGCCAACUGCUUGCUUCGCGAAGGAUUUGGAGGCUACCUCUUUGAAGGUGAUGAGAAGCACGGCGCUGCCCUCAAUGCCCUGAUCGGGGAUCGGAAGGACGUGCAGCUGCAGCUGGGCUUCGCUGAUCCCAGCAGUGUGGCCAAGAAAUUGUUGCGGCACAUCGUGCAGCGGCGCCUGGGGCAGCCCUUGUUAUUGAAGGUCGAUGUGGACAAUUGCGAUUGUUGUUUCGUGGAAACCCUUCUGGAAGCUGGUUUGAAGCCGCUGGUCAUCCAUGUGGAAGUGAGCCCCUUGGUGCCGCCACCUUUCAUUUACAGGCCAAAGGAAUUUGACCCCUACAUCCAGGACUCUAUGGAAUUUCUGAAUGCCUCAGAGGGACGUCGAGGACACAUGCGACACUGCUCACUUUCAGCCUUCGAAGAGAGUUUGGGCAAGUUUGGCUAUCGAUUGGUGUACUUCCACUAUCAUGACGCCACCUUUGCGCUGCCGCCGGUUGAGCCGCCCCCUUGGAUUGUUGGCCGGACGGCCGCAGAGGUUUGGUAUGGUGUUUUCUUUUGCCAUCCAAUGCGUACGGUAGACCCGCUGGAAGUGCUCUACAAGCAGAAAUUUCUCUACGACUACAGGCAAUGGAGCGACUUGGAGGUUCCCAGCAGUGAGCGACUGCAGAAACUGCAGCGCUAUUUGGAUGCCUGGCGUGUGCCGCCUGACAGCUACAUCCUGAAAGAGGAAGAAACUUCUGACCGAGCAGAGAGAGAAUUGGGUAGUGACAUGUAUAGGCUGAUCCUCAACUCCAAUGUGGUCGAUGUGUUCGAUUGUAGUUGA